GUGGCCGCUGUGGCUGACCCUGUUCCUGGGGGUCUCUCUCGCCGUCGACCGAAGCAACUUCAAGACCUGCGACCAGAGCGGCUUCUGCAGGCGCCAGCGCCGGAUCCAGCCGGGAAAUUCCCCGUUCCGGGCCCUGCUGGAGUCGCUGGAGCUCGGCCAGGACUCGGCCCGGGUGCAGCUGGUCAAUGAGGUGACACAGGUCCCCCUGCUCCUGGAGAUCUGGGGGCUCCAGGGGAACAUGACGCGGUUCCGGAUCUCGGAGCUGAACCCGCUGCGGCCCCGGUUCCAAGUGCCCGACGUGCUGGUGGGGGACCCCAAAACCGAGAGGCUGGCAGUGACGGGCAGGGACGGGGGCACCCUGGAGCUGUCCCUGGGCCCGGGGGGGCUGCGCCUGCUGGUGACGGAGCGGCCGUUCCGGAUGGAUCUGCUGCGGGAGCGGGAGCUGCUCUGCAGCGUCAACGCCCGCGGCCUCCUCGUCUUCGAGCACCUGCGGCGCCGCCGGGACUCGUGAGUGACCCCCAGAGCCCCCCAGAGCCCCCCAGACCCCUCGUA